AAGAAAAGGACAGCUCCGUGGUGCUGAUAUCCACACGGGACAAAGAAAACUAUCAUUUUGGGCUGUAUUUGGGAUGGAACUUUAAUUAUUUUGUCUGGAAGAUCACCUGGAUGUCCAUAAGUAAGAUUAUUGUAGCACACUGAGUCUUACUUGCCGUGUAUAAGGAAUACUGGACAUCAAUGUGACAAUGAGGCCACACAAAAGGUAUGUGCUUCUCAUUGUGUUCUUGUACACAAUUCCCUGUGUUUGGGCUUCGGUGACUCAUUAUUCAAUCCCAGAGGAGCUCAAGGAAGGAUCUGUGGUUGCAAACCUUGCGAAUGAUCUCAGUUUGGAUGUUACAAGCCUGAUUAGACGCAAGAUGCGAGUCGACAUCAUCGCUAAUAAGAAAUAUCUGGAUGUGAACAAAGAGACGGGGGAACUGUACAUUGUGGAGAAGAUUGACAGGGAGCAUAUUUGUACCACGAAAUCGACGUCGUCGUGUUAUCUCAAGCUGGAGGUGACACUGGAAAACCCACUGCGUAUUUUCAACAUAGAGUUAGAAAUUCUAGACAUGAAUGACAACGCCCCGCAGUUCAGACGGGACUCCGUUCAUUUAGAUAUAUCUGAAUCUACAUCAGCAGGGGAGAGGUUCUCUUUGAGCAAUGCAGUCGAUCCUGAUGUGGGGAGCAAUUCAGUAAAAACAUAUCAUCUGAGUGAAAGUGAUCAUUUUAAUAUUGAGGUACAGACUGGAAGAGACGGGUCAAAAUUUGCAGAACUGAUAAUGAAGAAGAGUUUAGACCGAGAGCAGCAGGCUGAACAUAAUCUAAUAUUAACGGCAGUAGAUGGCGGUACACCUCCUCGUUCUGGUACUGUUAAUAUUAUUGUCAAUGUUUUGGACACCAAUGACAACGCUCCUUUGUUUAAUGAAUCUAUUUACAGUGUGAAAAUAAUGGAGAAUUCUCCUAUUGGCAGCCUUGUUAUUGAUUUAAAUGCUACUGACUUGGAUGAAGGCUCCAACUCUGAUUUAACAUAUUCAUAUAGUUUAUACACACCAGAGAAAACACAAGGAACAUUUAACCUAAAUCCUUCUACUGGUGAGAUUACUGUUAGAGGAAUGUUGAACUAUGAAGAUUUUAAGAUUUAUGACAUGGAAGUUAUAGCAGCAGACAAGGGAGUCAACAGUUUAUCAGGACAAUGUACGAUUAAAAUCCAAGUUGAGGACAUGAAUGACAACCAUCCAGAAAUAUCUAUUAAAUCGUUCCAAAGUCCAGUGAGUGAGAAUAUUGAUGUUGACACGGUGAUAGCAGUGGUCAGUGUGAGUGAUAAGGACUCAGGUGACAAUGGAGUAGUGGAUCUUCACAUUCCUCAUAAAAUGCCUUUUAAACUGAGGGAGUCCUCUGAUAACUAUUACGAGUUAGUGGUCUCCGAGCCUUUAGACCGUGAGAAGGUUCCAGAAUAUGACCUCACCUUCACUGUCACAGACCGAGGCUCCCCUCCUUUAAGUGACAAUGAAACCAUGACUUUACAGCUGCUGGAUGUGAAUGAUAAUGUUCCACACUUCCCUCAGUCCUUUUAUACCAUACGUGUGAUGGAGAAUAACGCUCCUGGCGCCUUGCUCAGUUCACUCAGUGCGUUUGACCCUGACCUCCAUGAGAACCAGUACCUGGUUUACUUCAUCCUAGAGAAGGAGGUAGCCAACACCUCCAUGUCCAUGCUGUUCUCCAUCAAUCCGGAGAACGGGAACCUUUACGCACUCAAGACUUUUGACUAUGAGAUGGAGAAGGACUUUCUGUUCCACAUUGAGGCCAGAGACUCUGGCUCUCCUCCACUCAGCAGCAACGUCACAGUCCACAUCAUCAUUAUGGACCAGAAUGACAACGCUCCGGUUAUUGUCUCUCCUUGGCGAGCGCACGGCUCCGUGGUGGAGGAGAAGAUCCCCAGAUCCACUGAUAAAGGAUCUCUGGUUGCCAAGGUGAUAGCUUUGGACGUGGACUCGGUGCACAACUCUCGCAUCACCUACCACUUCCUGCAGGUGACUGAUGCCACCUUGUUCAGUCUGGACCAGUACAACGGAGAGAUCCGCACUAUGAGGAUGUUCAGUUACAAAGAUCCUCGCCACCAGAGACUGGUUGUUGUUGCCAAGGACAACGGGGAUCCGGCUCUCUCCGCUACAGUCACCAUCAAGCUGUCCACGAUGGAGACUGCUGUGAAGGCCUACUCGGACAUGACUGAGGUGCCCAUGGAAUACGACAUCUUCUCAGACCUCAACCUGUAUUUGGUCAUCGGUCUGGGCUCAGUGUCCUUCCUGCUGCUCAUCACCAUCUUGGUCACCAUCGUGCUCAAGUGUCAGAAGACCAAGCCCAGCAUGGUGGCUCCGCCCAGCAGGAACAGUGUGAUCAGCGAGAGGAACUCCACCCUCGCAGAUUCCACUCUGGUGUCCAACGAUGCCUACUGGUACAGUCUGUUUCUGGCAGAGACCAGGAAAGGAAAGAUGGUGGUCAGGCAGCCCGUGCCAAAGGGUUCCAGAUACAUCGUGUCCAGUAUUCCCAGGAGCACAGGCAUGUCUGAGACUAGUGGCUCUGCUACUUCAACCUUGCAGGUAAGAAAAUGUUAA